CUCCGGGCGCUCCUUUCACCCACUUUUUCCCUCCCGGGGCGUGCCCGCGCGGCUGUGUGCCUGUGCGCUCAAUCACAUGGUGUUUUAAGAAAUGCUCCAAAGAUGGCGGUAGUGGCGGCCGGAGGCGGCGGCCGGCUGCAGCGGAGUGGCGCGCUGGAAGUUUUGGUGCGCGACCGGUGGCACCGGGUGCUGGUGACCCUCGGCGGCGAGGCGCUGGUGCUGAGCUGUGAGGAGGGCGGCGGCGGCGCAGCGCCGGCGGCUCACAACGGCAUCGGGGCAGCCGCGGCGGGCAGUCAGCCCAGCAACGGAACUUUCUGCGGCAGAGCGGCGGCGGCGGCCGCCGGUGGCGGGGCGUCGAGGGCGGCUGCCGCUGCCGCCGCGUGCCCCCUUUCCGGCGCGGGAUCGCCCGAGUCGCCGUCGGGGAGCAGCUACGGCGGCGGCAGCCCCAGGGCAGCCCCGGCGAGCGGGGUGCGCACGGCGCUCACCGACCUGCCCGAGCAAGUGCCCGAAGCCAUCUCCAACCAGAAGCGGUGCGUCAAGGUGCUGAAGCAGGAGAUGGGCGGCUUGGGCAUCAGCAUCAAGGGCGGCAAGGAGAACAAGAUGCCCAUCCUCAUCAGCAAGAUCUUCAAGGGGCUGGCGGCCGACCAGACCCAGGCGCUCUACGUCGGCGAUGCCAUCCUGGCCGUCAACGGGGCGGACUUGCGCGACGCCACCCACGACGAAGCCGUGCAGGCGCUCAAGAGAGCGGGCAAGGAGGUCGUGCUGGAAGUGAAAUACAUGCGAGAAGCCACCCCCUAUGUGAAGAAAGGUUCUCCUAUUUCUGAAAUCGGAUGGGAAACUCCUCCGCCCGAGUCCCCCCGCUUGGGCAACCCAACCAUCGAUCCCCUGUUGCCACUCUCACUCAAUAUCCACCGAGACAAAAAGACCAUCCCUCUCAAAAUGUGCUACGUGACACGGAACAUGACGAUGUUAGACCCAGAAAACAGGCUUGUUGAAGUUCAUUCACCGGAUGCCAAGCACACUCUGAUUCUAAGGAGUAAAGAUGCAAGCACUGCCCAAGGCUGGUUCUAUGCUAUCCACUCCUGUAUCAGUGAGCUCAUUCCCAAAGUGAUCUCAGAGGUCAAAGAUCAACUGAGUAAAGCAGGAAUUGCUGGAGGCCGAGAAAUUAGGCACCUGGGUUGGCUGGCAGAAAAGGUGCUGGGAGAGAACGAGAAGCCUUGGAAAGCAGUGUUGGUUGUCCUGACUGAGAAAGAUCUCUUGAUAUUUGAGAGCAUGCCGCGCAUCAAGGAAGCUUGGUUUACUCCACUGCAUUCCUACCCUCUCUUGGCUACCAGGUUGGUACAUUCAGGGCCUGGGAAGGGCUCCCCGCAGUCUGGGGUAGAUUUGUCCUUUGCCACACGAACAGGUACACAACAAGGGAUUGAGAGCCAUCUCUUCAAAACUGAGACUAGCAGAGACCUUUCACUGUGGACUCGGAGCCUAGUUCAAGGUUGCCACAAUGCAGCUGAGCUCUCCAUAGAAGUCACAACAGCUUGCAUGUACAAAAACCAGGAGUGCCGUUUGACCAUCCAUUAUGACCAUGGAUUCUCCCUUACAACUGAACCCCAAGUUGGUGCCUUUCCCAAAACCAUCUUCCAGUAUCCCUACGAGAAGCUAAAAUCAUCAUCAGAUGAUGGGAUUCGGAUGCUCUACUUGGACUUUGGAGGAAAGGAAGGUGAAAUUCAACUGGACCUUCAUUCCUGUCCAAAGCCAAUUGUAUUCAUCAUUCAUUCAUUCCUUUUUGCCAAGAUUACAAGACUGGGAUUGGUAGCAUAAAUUGUGUCCAUCAUUGGCAAGAAAAAUGGAACUACUCCAGUUCAAGUGUCCAAUGUGUUGUCUACACUGGGAGCUACUAGGAAAACAUAUAACUAUUCUGCAGAUGACCUGAUGCUUAAAUUGGGGGCACAGCGAAUGUUUUGAUCAAAUAUAAUAAUAGGGGUCUGAAGAAUAAACGUUGUCGGAAACAGGAGUAUUUGCUUCAACUAAAACAUGUUGCGAGGGAAACGUUGAUUGCUCUAAAUAAAGCCAAAAUUGAGUAAUUAAGAAGUAAUAGAUCAAUAAUACAAGAUGGCAUUUUGGGUUCAUAAGUGUGCCUAUAUGUAAGUUUUUAGAGUAGUACUUUCCAUCUUGGGUUUGGGGAAUUUCUGGGCUUCCCUGGAAGAUUCAGCAAUUUUUCCAUGAAAAGAUUGAUAAUGGUGGAGUAGCUUCUGUGAAUGCAAAGUUUUUCCCUUCUCCCAUUCUGUGUCUUCCCCCGCAUUUUAGAAUGCACUCUCUAUUUACCUCCAGUAAAUCUGGCUGACUGUUUUUGUAAACUGAUAACAUAUUCUAAAUCCUUUGCAAAGUGCAAAGAAACUGAUGUGGAUAGAAAUCCCUGAGAGUAGGAAAUCUGAAAGCCACUGAGAAGUAAAAGUGAAGUAGAUUGUUACCAUCAACAUAGGAUUUUUAAAAUGAACCCUGGGUGCUACAGAUUGUUUUUUCCUCACCAAACUUACCUAUUUUCAAAAAGCACAAAGAAAAUAUCUCUGUACAAGUUAGCGGUUUGCUUGUCGAGAGAGUGGAGGAAUGGAUUUGACAUCCAGUGGAUUCUUUUUCCUAUAAGGAGUACAUCAAAUUGUGUAACUGACAUGGGCAGGGCUCAAGUUGCCAUAGGCAGACUGAGUUUGCUGGCUUCUCAAGCCAGCCUUAAAAAGGGCAGUUGGGGUAGAUAUGCUCAGAAUGAGAUUUCAAAAAUGUCUUUAGAUAACAUAGACCAGCAGUUUCACAGGACACAUUGGAGAAUCUGCUGCAAGAACAGUAAUGCCCAUUCAGUUGAUGAAAUUAAAAUAAUGUAACUUUUAUAAGAUGCAAUUGUUCAGUUACCAAUAAUAACUUGAGGUGGGGAGGGAGGUGGAAUCUGGUGUGCCUAACACAUUUUAAAAAGUUACAGUGGAAGUACAGGGAAAGCAGUGGAAAUGAUACAAAUCUUAAAGCAUCUUAAAAAGAGGAAAUGUAUUUCAAAUUAGUCAAGGGUGGCUGAACUGGGGUUCAUAUGUGAUGCUGUCAGUGGAAUUUGGGCUCAUGCAUUUUGUGGCUUGCAAUUCCUAUGCGCUGCCCACAAACCCCCUGCCCUUUGCAACAUCGGGCUGUAGCUCUCCUAAAGCAAAGGAGAAGUUUUUGUCAUGAAGAAGAAGAAAGUAAUCCGAGAGGCAGAAGCAGCCUCCAGGAGAGAGAGGAGGGUGCUAAAGAAGGAUGGACGGAAAGGAUACAGAAGCAGCUGCCCAAGAAGGAUGGGUAGUUUAGAACGGAAGCAACUGCAGUUGGCAGUGUUUAAAAAACUGGGAAGAAGGCAAAGAGGAGGAACUCCAUACAAAACCCCUAGUGCAGAGAGGAAAGAGGAGGUGGCUAGUAAAGCCCAGAGAACAGGGGAACGUUGGUGAGUAUGCUGCCCGUUAUUAGGCACUGGGGUCCAUCUUGCAAAAAUCAGAGCAGUAUCAUGGGGUGUCUCCUCCACUGAUUCUCUGGAGACCUCACCUAAGUAGGGAAGGGAAGAUUUAUCUGCAUCCUCCAAGGCCUUUUCCCUUUUCUCAGGGCUUUACAUCAUGGGGAUGGACAAGGGGGAGAGGAAUAAGCUGUGUGUGACCUAGGCUUUUCCCCAUCACCCAUACUCCACACGUUUCACCAAGGAAAGGGGGUAUGGUCAUCUCCCAAGACUUUGAUCAACUGCACGUAACAAUUUUUAGCUAGAAGAAUCACAAAGCUUCUCAUUCUAACUAGCUGAGGUUUUAAAAGUUGUGUUAUGACAGUUAAUGGGUGUCUGAAAGUUGCGGUCUAUAGCUUGGGAAUUCUGAGACUUGGCAUGGGCUGAGAGCUUAGCAGCAGUGGUUCACCUUGGUGACUGGCUUUCAUUGCAUUAAAACCCAAGACAUAAGGGAUCUUUAUUAUUUUCUGUCUCAUUCUGGAGGACCAGGGCAGGCACAUCACAGCAGCCUGGACUGCUGUUGAAGUGUCAUUUUAAACUGUUUUCGUAUUUCUUGUAAAGUUGAAUAUAACUUCCUGGAUACAUCCGUGUAGUUUUCUUGGCUGCAAUAUGGACAUGAUGUGCCGUUGUCUUCUUCCCAGAUGCUUUCUCCCAGUCCAGCCUACAGCGACAGACCUUUAUUUGUGGUUUUCCAUCCAGGUGCAAGCCAAGUCCAGCCCUGCUUAGCUUCUUAUUCACCUGCUGAACGACUGUCAAAUAUAUCGAUAUUAAAAGCCUAAUGUCUACACUAAAAGGUUUAAAGAAAAACACUGGGAAAAUGCAGCUGCUGGGAUACAGCACUAUUUAUUUUUUUAAAAAAACACUCAUUUGCAAUAUUGAUGCCCUUUGACAAGAGACACAAGAUAACUCAGUUGUGGUUUUUGUUAGUUAUGGGACAUAGUUAAUGUUUUUUAGGGUUGCUUAGAUAUAUGUAGAAGAAAAUUCUCUGCAGCAUUACAUCCUCCCUGAAAUAAUCUAGGUUUCAAGGUAAUUUAAUUAGGAGAAAAAACAGGAUUCAUAAAGGCUGCCCUGUUAAUUCUUACAUGUGAUUAAGGUAGUCUUAGGGAAUGUUUCAAAGAAGAUUGGAAAUAAAAGCCCCCAAGAUUGAGCUCUUAACCAUGGCUAAGAUUUUAUAUAUGCAGAAGCCCUACUUUAGGUAGUUCUAUAAAAUAGCCAAUUGCCAUCAAAUAUCUACCAUGUAAUUUCUUUCUUAGCAUUUUGUUAGUGAUAUAAAACUAACUUAAUAAAACGCUGCUUCAUUUUGAGCCUGUGUUGUUCCCAUAUGCCCAGUUUGUGCCUAAGCUUCCACUUUUCAUUUCAUUUGGAACUUUAAAAAUAUAUCCAGAGAUCUCUCUACUUUACUUUAAAAUAGAGACACCUUUGCAGAUAUGGAAUUUCCAUUGGUUUGUGUCUGUCAGUGAAAGGAUGACCUACGUAUUUUGUGACUUAAGCUGCGUUUGUGAAAAAAAACAAUAAGGAAUCUCAACUCUAACACUUUCCAAUGUAGCAGGAUUUUCAAGUUCCUUCCAUGGCAGUAUUUAUUAUUGUGAAUGAGCAAAAGCCAGAGCAUAAAGUAGCAUAUUGUGUAUUUUAGGAAAAGUUAAUGCAUAUGUAAAUUCUGUUGUACUGCUACUUUCAACACCUAACAUCCCCCCCCGGGAUAUUAUAAAUAUACCUGCUUUGUAUAUAAUCAGGAUUAAUUCAUUAGUUAUAUCAUGUAAUGUAUGGUGCUCAAAUUACAAGAAGUGAAUAACUAAUUUGCAAAAAGAAAUAUAUAUAUUUAUAGUCAAAUACAGAUUUUGGAUGACUCUAGAUGGGGUUACUUUAGAUGGGGUUGACAGAAUGAAUUUUAUGGAACUACCCCAAAUUUAUAAGAAUUUAGUCUACAAUAUUUAUAUUUUCAAGAUGGGGGAAAAAGACUAUAUUUAAUAAAGUGUCAUUUACUGGA